CACCUACCUUCUCCUUCUCUCUUCAAACCAGCCAAUGGGUAGAACAGAGACAUGCUCUUCUUCCUCUCCUCCUCGUCAGCCACCUCAUCCCUCCUUUCUCUGUCUAAAAUUAUCUCUCUCCAAACCCUAACCCUAGCAAGACCCCAUUCCCACCUCCUCCUCUCCACCAUGUCCAUAAAUCUCAAUUCUCAUGCCUUUGCAGGCAACCCAAUAAAAUCCAAAACCCCAAAACCAAGUGACCCAUUUUCAUCCAACUCUGCCUUCCAAACCCUCAAAACCGUCUUUCUAGGGCACACCCACGAACCAUCUUCCCCUAAUUUUAAGGUAUUGCCCUUCAGAAAGGGCAGACCCUUAGCCGGGUCGAUAGCUGAUUCGGCACCAAAUUGGCAUCUGGGUUGGUUGAAUUUGGGUGAUUGUAGGCUUUUCUUGGAGAAUUCUGAGGUUCGUUUGAAUGAAGAUUCGUUGGUUUAUUUGGGUUCCAAGUCAGAGGAUGACGUUGUUUAUUGGGCAAUUGAUGUGUCUGAUGCUAAUAACUUAGUGAAUGAAUUGGGUUCUAGGCAGCUUUGCUUUGUUGAGUUGAGGACUUUGAUGGUUGCGACGGAUUGGGCCGAUGCUAGAGCUAUGGGCGAAUUGGCUGUUGCUGGGCAUGCCAGGGCACUUCUAGAAUGGCACAACAUAUCACGUUUUUGUGGAUUUUGUGGAGAAAGAACAGUCCCAAAGGAAGCUGGGAGAAGGAAGCAAUGCUCAAAUGAGUCGUGCAAAAAGAGGAUCUAUCCACGUGUUGAUCCGGUUGUCAUCAUGUUAGUCAUUGAUAGAGAAAAUGAUCGUGCACUUUUAAGUAGACAGUCAAGAUUUGUGCCCCGGAUGUGGAGUUGCCUAGCUGGUUUUAUAGAGCCAGGAGAAAGCUUGGAAGAGGCAGUGAGGAGAGAAACAUGGGAGGAGACUGGUAUUGAGGUGGGAGAAGUUGUCUAUCAUAGUUCUCAGCCAUGGCCUGUUGGACCAAGUAGCAUGCCAUGCCAGUUGAUGGUGGGCUUCUUUGCAUAUGCAAAAUCACUUGAGAUAAAUGUGGACAAGGAAGAGUUGGAAGAUGCUCAAUGGCACAGUAGAGAAGAUGUAAGAAAAGCCUUGACAGUUGCUGAAUACAAGAAGGCGCAAGGAUCAGCAAUGACCAAGGUAGACCAGAUGUGCAAGGGAGUAGAGAAGGGACAAAGCUUAUCUGCAGAUUUCAAUGUGGAAAGUGGGGAGCUUACUCCCAUGUUCAUCCCGGGACCCUUUGCGAUUGCGCAUCAUCUCAUCUCUUCCUGGGUCUUUCAAGAUUCUCCCGUCACACAACCUGCUGGUUCUCAGUCGAAUUUGUAGUAGUAUUUUUUCCUUGACCAACUUGUAAGUGCACCAAUUCAUUUGUUUUGAUUAUAAACAGGCACUGUGCUUUUUCAUUUUCCAUAAUAUGUUACGUGGGAAAAACAAGAAAUAAAAUGUUGUUGUAAUAAUAUUUAAUGUUACUCA